CGGCCCUUAGCAACCGGCCUGGCGACCGUCGCUGUGGCCUUUUGCGCCCCCGCGGGCCUGGUCUUCUCAUUUUCACCUCCGCUGCGGGGGCCAGCUUGGUCCCAAUAAGAACCAAGGGGACACAACCGCGGAGGCCGCAGGAGGACUAAGCAUGGAUGGCAGCCGGAGAGUCAGAGCAACCUCUGUCCUUCCCAGAUACAGUCCACCAUGCCUAUUUACAGGACACUUGAGCACCAAGAGCAACGCUUUUUGCACUGACUCCUCUUCUCUCAGACUAACCACUCUCCAACUGGUCAAGAAUCACAUGGCUGUUCACUAUAAUAAAAUCCUUUCAGCCAAAGCCGCAGUGGACUGCUCAAUUCCAGUCAGUGUGAAUACUAGCAUCAAAUAUGCUGACCAACAACGAAGAGAGAAACUUAGGAAGGAGUUGGCACGAUGUGAAAAGGAGUUUAAAUUAAGUAAAUCUGCGACGCAGGCCAACUCUAAGAUGAAUUCCAAGUUCUUUGUAAACUCUCUACAGAAGCACUCAGGGGAACCACAAGACCAGGAUGUGUUAAAAGAAGAAAUGACAAGAUAUCCAUCAUUUUCGAAGUCACUCAUCCCCUCUUCAGAGGGACUGCAAUUAAGUCUUCCUGAACCGAACAAAAUGUUCAUGAAUGGCACCCUGAAGCACCCCAGCACCUCUCCACCCAGGUUCUCAGGCUGUGGUCAUGGCUGUGACAGGCGGCCGAGGAGCGCCCACCAGUUCCAGGUGGUCAUCGCCAAGACCCCGAGUGGAGAUCUGUUGGAAAAGCACUCCGACCUCUUCUCUAACAAGCAAUCGCCAUUCACUCCACGAACUUUAAAAACAGAAGCAAAGUCCUUCCUAUCACAGUACCGCUACUACACACCUGCCAAAAGAAGGAAGGACUUUUCAGAUCAGCGGAUGGAAGCUGAAACCCAAACUGAAUUAAGCAGCUUUAACUCUGAGCUUGGGACAGCUGAAAAUCAGAGCUCAAAGGAUUCCGAAAUGAACACCAAACAGGCACCUAAUUACAUGAGAAAUGGCGCUGAAGACAAAAUAGCUCCUUUACCCUCACAAGGACAAAACUUAGCAUGGGACAGUAUUAAAGAUGGGAUUCUGCAGCAGUCCUCAGAAAGGACACCCUGUAAACUGUCCACACAGUUUUCUCCAGACAGCAAAGCCUACUCUGAUGAGGAAGAGCUGCUGUACCUGAGUUUCAUGGAAAAUGUAACAGAUGAAAUCUUGAAACUUGGUUUAUUUUCUAACAGGUUUUUAGAACGACUGUUUGAGCGACAUAUAAAGAAAAAUAAACAUCAUUUGGAGGAGGGGAAGAUGCGCUACCUGCUGCAUGGGCUGAAGGUUGACUUGGGCUGCAUAUCUGAGGAAGAUCCAGCAAAGCAAAAACAUUUCAGAAUGUUGAAUCAACUUCAUUUUCAAAAGGCUCUGAUUUCAAGAGAAAGCGAAUAUAUAAGUGAUGAAGAAAUGGUAAGUCACCAUGAGCGUCAGCAGUACCAGGAGGCCCUGGACAUGCUGUCGUCUGUGCCCAAGGAUGGUCACAAGAUGUUCUCUCUACCGGGUGAAUUCUUAUUACCCGCCCAUAAAGCCAAGCCCUCAGAAGGUGUUAUAAUCCAGCAGAUCAAUGAUGAGACAGAUCGUGAAGCCUUACCCUGGGAUGAAGACAAUCCAAGUAUUUCUGAUAGUUUAAUAGACCAGGAAACCUCUGUGGACGUCAUCGAAGGUGACAGUGACUUUGAAAGGGUUGAGACUUCCAGGGAACUCUGUUGUCUGAGCACAUCACUGUCCCCAUCUGUCCCAUUCCCCAGCAUCGAAGGUGGCAGUAAUCAUGAUAAGGAAUUAUCAACUCUAAAAAUCAUGGAAAUGAGCAUUGAGGACUGACCUUUGGAUCUUCAUUAAUAAAUACUCCAUGUGGCCAGUAACUCAAUAUUACUUUUCUUCUUUUUUUUUAUUCCCUUUGACAUAUUAAGUUUCUGUAAUUUCAAUGCUAUGUAAUAAAUUUAGUGUCUUGAAAGACCACAUAUUUAUUAUUAAUCUCAUAGUCUGCGGUUCAAGAAUUGAAAUGCAGAGUGAUGGGUUUUCUACUCAGGUUCAAAGGCCACAGCCCAGGUGGUAUCAGGCCGUGAUAUCUUCAGGAAGCUUGACUGAGGAGAAGCUGCUUCUACACUUCAGUUGCCGGCAGAAUUCGUUUUGUUACACAAUAGAUCUGAGAGUUGCAUUGGGUUUUGGGUGGCUGGUGGACGGGUGGCUACUUGCCUUCUCCUGCCACGUGCACUGUCCCUAGGCAGGUCCCACCAUGGCUGCCUGCUCUUCGAAGGCAAAGGAGAACUACAGAGAUUGCUAGCAAGACAGAUACUUUGCUGUCACUUUCUGCCGUAAUUCUUUUUUAUUAGAAGCAGGCAAGUCACAGGUCUCUCGCACUCUUCAGGGAUGGGGGGGUGAUACACAGGAGUGCAGGUGCAAGGCGGGAACCCUGGGUUACCAGAGGCUCUUUCCACCACCACUUCUAAAGUCACUUUUCAGCAGAACAUAUUUGAUCCAACAUAGUGAUCUCAUGCGCACUGAGAAAUGGUUUAUAAUCUGGGGCAGUCUUAAAAUAUUACAUCUUAUAAUGUACAGAGGCUGGAGGGUUAUGAGUUUGAGACCAGCCUGUCCUGUAAUGAAGACUCUGUUUCAAACAAAAACCAGAAACCACACAAGAUGAAAACAGUGUUUCGAGAGACUAGCCUCUUGGUUGUCUUUUUCAACUAUUUACAAUAAUAUGAUUGGAUAUUCAGCCGCUGUAAUGUGCUAAGUUGUCGUGUUGCUGCAGGAGAUAGGGAGUGGAUGCUUUUGCUUUGAGGAUGACAAGCUAACCUGGGAGCAAACCGCAGUGCUGAGGCGGAGUCUCCUACUCCAAUGUCUGCCGCCCCAUAAUGCAUCCCUUCCUCAAGCCUCUGGAAAUCUCUCAGCUUCUAAGGCAGGGUCUUGUAGCUCCGGCUUGUCUGAAACUGCUGUGUUUGCAGAGGAUGACCUUGAACUUCUGACCUUCUUGCUUCUUCCUCCCCAAUGGUGGUAUUAAAGGCUAUGCUCAGUUCUAGAGGCUGUUAUGCAUGCUAGGCAAGCACUCUAUCACCUGAACCCCAUCUCCAGCACCUUUCAAAGCAGCACCUUUAUGCCCCUGAGCCUUUGACUAAGAUCAAGUGUUAAUGGCAUCUUUCCCCAUGCUUCUCAUCUUAGCUCUUGGGCUAGCCUUGGACUCCACAUCCACCCACUUGUAUUCCAUUCCUCAGCUCCAUCUUUACUCAGCAGUAGCUACACAGCAGAUCCUUAUCCACUGCCCCUCACCAGACGCCCCCAAGCUGACUGCUUCAUCCUCUGUUGCUCUGUGUGUGUGUGUGUGUGUGUGUGUGUGUGUGUGUGUAGCUCUCACCCAUUCUAAUAUGUAUGUUUCUUAGGACAUUUUGCUAUUAUCCUUUAGUUUCUCUUCAAUUUUGUUUUAAAAGAUGAAUUGUUAUAAAGAAAUAUUAAAACUGGUUCUUGGGGGGCUGGAGAGAUAGCUCAGCGGUUAACAGCACUGACUGCUCUUCCAGAGGUUGAGUUCAAUUCCCAGUAACCACAUGGUGGCUCACAACCAUCUGUAAUUGGGUCUGUUGCCCU